GCUCUGAUUCUCUAUUUAAAGGGAGCUAAGAUAUCGGAAAUCGAGGCUAUAACUAGGAUAAAAGAGAGGGCAUUCUAUAUAAUAUUAAAAAGAGCAAAAGAGCAGAGAUAUAUACUAGGUAGCCCUGUUAAGGAUAAGCAUAUUAUAAAUGCUCUAAAAUCUAGAAGGCCGAAAGUAGUAACUAAAUCUAUUACCUAG